AUACCAAAACAAUAAAACAGAAACCGAAAUCGAAACCGAAACAAAAGCGAUAUAAAAGCAAAUUUUGAACCGGAACACAGCGAGUACCAGAAGCGCAAACACAGCGAGUGUCAGCAGCAGAAAAAGAACGAGUACCAAAAGCUGAAAACAGAACGAGAACGAGUUUCUUUAUGCAGGAACAAUCGUAAGGAUAUACCCGAACAAGCUAGAGAGAGAGAGAAACUAAAAGAUCGCUCGAAACAAUGCUGAGUUCUUUAGAUGCUUUGGCUGGUAAGAUAGCCACAGCCACGCCUGGAACGGGUGCCGUCACGGCGCCCAGUGCUGGUGGUAACAGCAAACCGGCCCAGAGUCUGCACCAUCACCAUCAUCAUCUGGACUACGACUAUUCGGCGGUGGAGAUUGAACCGCCCGCCGAGCAGCUGGCCAAUUCGCCGCGUAACGAGCGAGAGAGACUGCAACAGGCGCAGCAGUCGUACGAGCAGCAGGCCCAGGCCGAGCUGGAGUUUGGCCUGGCCGAGGUCACCAGUUGCCACAAGCUAACCCAAUUGAAGAGCGCUACCAGUCUGCAUCACCCGCAUUCGCAGGGCCAGCAGCAGCAGCAGCCGCAACAGCAGCAACAGCAACAGCAACAACAGCAUACUGCCAGCAAUCAAGGCGGCAGGACAAUGACACAGAGUCGUCAUCCGCAUCAUCAUCAUUUGAACCAUCAUCAUGCGCCGCACCAUCAUCCCUAUCAGCGGCAUCGCCCCAGCUCGCCGCCACAGACGCCCUAUCAGCAGCAAUUGUCCCAGCUAGUGGCCCUGCAAGAUCAUCAUGAGCUGCUCCAGUCGCAGCAGGAGCUCUUCCACAAGCAGCUGGCCAAUAUGCAGGAGUACCAGCGAGAGCGAGAGCGCGAAAGGGAGCGAGAACGUGAUAGGGAACACAGGGAACGGAACAAUUUCAUCGAUAACAGCGAUUACGAUUCCCAGCAUGAGUUCAAAAUUUGCCUGAGGGAUAGUGCAUUUGGUAUGAGCGAUAAGAGUAGCAGUGCUACGAAUAGCCUGCCCAACAGUCCCAUUCACAGCAACAACAAUAAUCCAUCUCUGCUCAACAACAACAAUAACGGCGUGAACGGCAACAACAAUCAGAGCCUGGGUGGCAGCAACAAUUCGCUGGUCGGCGGCAUCGGCAACAACGGUAUUAUGUCUGCGGCAGGGCUCGUGAACAACAACAAUAAUCCGUGCAGUGCCAAUCGGAAUGUCGUCGUGAGCAUGGACGAUGAUUCGUGCUUCCGCCUGGAUGCCGAUGCCACGGUCACCUACAGCGACAAGGAGCCCGAUCCGGAUAACAUCAAGAUGUUUGUGGGCCAAAUACCCAAGUCCAUGGACGAGUCGCAGUUGCGUGAAAUGUUCGAGGAGUACGGACCGGUGCAUUCGAUCAAUGUGCUGCGCGACAAGGCCACUGGCAUUAGCAAGGGUUGCUGCUUUGUGACGUUCUUUACGCGACGUGCCGCACUGAAGGCCCAGGAUGCUUUGCAUAAUGUGAAGACACUCGCCGGGAUGUAUCAUCCCAUUCAAAUGAAGCCCGCCGAUAGUGAGAAUCGCAAUGAACGCAAACUGUUUGUGGGCAUGCUAAACAAGAAGCUGAACGAGAACGACGUGCGUAAACUAUUCGAAGUCCACGGCAACAUUGAGGAGUGCACUGUAUUGAGAGAUCAGAACGGCCAGAGCAAGGGUUGUGCCUUUGUCACAUUCGCCACCAAGCACGCCGCCAUUUCGGCCAUUAAAGUGACCCUAAGCCAAAACAAAAUCAUGGAGGGCUGCACAUCGCCGCUGGUCGUCAAGUUUGCCGACACCCAAAAGGAAAAGGAACAAAAGAAGAUCCAGCAGAUCCAGGCGAAUCUCUGGAACCUGGCCAGCAAUAUCAACAUCCCCUUGGGACAGACGGCCCAGAGUGUGUCCACACCGAUACUGCCGAACCCACCGCAGCAGCAGUCGCCCGUUCUGGGCGCCGAUGCACUGACACCGGCCUCCAUACAAUUGCUGCAACAGUUGCAGGCCGUGGGCCUGCAGCAGCAGUUGCUGCAAGCCCUCACCGGACUGAAUGCCCAGCAAAACAAUGCAAAUCAGGACAGUGCCGCUGCUGCCGCCGCCGCCGGACUCCUGACUCCGAUGACUGUGCAGAAUCUGGCCGCCAUUGCGGCCAUGACGCAGCCGAGUCUGACGAAUGCCGCAGCAGCCGCUGCCGCUGCCUCAUCGCCGGGCAGUGCCCAACUGCAGAAUACAGCGGCGUUGCUUUGCCUCCUGGGAAAGAAGGCCGCCGCCAAGACAUCAUCAUCGUCAUCAGCAUCGUCAGGGUCCGAUCCGAAUCCAUUGGCAUCGGCGUAUAUGUCAACAGCCGCCGGCUUGCCGCAAUUUGGGAGCGCCAGUGCAUUGUCCACAUCGCCGCUGGCCAGUGUGGCCCUGAGCGCCGCAGCAGCCGCUGCUGCGGGCAAGCAGAUUGAAGGACCAGAGGGAUGCAACUUAUUCAUUUACCAUUUGCCGCAGGAGUUCACCGACACGGAUCUGGCCUCGACAUUCCUGCCCUUCGGCAAUGUCAUAUCGGCCAAGGUGUUCAUCGAUAAGCAGACCAGUCUAUCGAAGUGCUUCGGCUUCGUCUCGUUCGAUAAUCCGGACUCGGCCCAGGUGGCCAUCAAGGCCAUGAACGGCUUCCAGGUGGGCACAAAGCGCUUGAAGGUGCAGCUCAAGAAGCCCAAGGAUGCCUCCAAGCCCUACUAGACAGGAGACGGAUCAACGGAGUAGUCAACAUCAUAGAAGUAAACAGAAA